AUGUCGUCUGCCGACAAGUCGUCUCCGCCAGCCUCCGCCAUUAUAGCCAAAGCAUCCAGGGGUUACCACAUCCUCAAAAUCGACGGCUACUCUCUCACCAAAGGGACCCCCACCGGGGAGAGCCUCGAUUCCUCCCAGUUCACCGUGUGCGGCCAUCGCUGGCGCAUCCGCUACUUCCCCAACGGCUACAACAGCGAAUGCGCCGGUUUCAUAUCCCUUUACCUCAAACUGGACGAAACUGUCAUCAAGGAAGUGAAGACACAAUCCAUCAUCAGUUUCGUUGACGCGCUCACCAUGGAGGAGCACCCUUGUCUCACAUCGCUGGCAGUAGACACCUUCGAUAGCAAGAAUCAUUCAUGGGGGCGUACCAAGUUCAUCAAAAGGGAGGACCUAGACAAUUCCAUGCACCUCGUAGACGACUCAUUCACUGUCAGGUGUGACAUCGCCGUUAUCAGCGAGGAGAUCCGUGCUGAGGAGAUGUCCGUGCCCAAGUUCAUUGAUGUGCCACCAUCUGACCUGAACCAGCAUCUGGGUGAUCUCCUCGAGAAUGGGGAGGGUGCCGAUGUGGUCUUCGAGGUCGCCGGGGAAACAUUCGCCGCUCAUCGGUGGCUGCUUGCGUCCAGGUCGUCGGUUUUGCGGGCGGAGCUCUUCGGCUCGAUGAAGGAGGGGAAGAGCGGCACUGCAGAUGUCAUACGCGUACAUGAUAUGGAGGCGCAGGUGUUCAGCGCGUUGCUAUGUUUCGCGUACACCGACUCGUUGCCGGUGGAUGAAACAAAAGAGGAAGACGCCAUGUGCCAGCAUCUCCUUGUUGCGGCGGACAGGUAUGAUCUUAAGAGGCUAAAGCUGGUCUGCGAGGAGAAGCUGUGCAAGUACAUCGAUGUGAGCACGGUAGGGACGAUCCUGGCGCUUGCUGACCAGCACCGCUGCGACGGUCUGAAGAAGGCAUGCUUCCAUUUUCUCAGCUCUGCAACAAAUAUGACGGCAGCCUUGGCCACUGACGGCUUUCAGCAUCUGAGUAGGAGCUGCCCCUCUGUUAUGAUACAGCUGAUUGCCAUGUCCUCACUCAGUCACUCGGCCUAA